AUGUUCAGAAACCAGUACGACACCGACGUCACGACGUGGUCGCCGGCGGGGCGGCUUUUCCAAGUGGAGUACGCAAUGGAGGCGGUGAAGCAGGGCUCGGCAGCGAUUGGUCUGAGAUCGAAGACCCACGUGGUGCUCGCGUCCGUCAACAAGGCCAGCUCGGAGCUUUCCUCGCACCAGAAGAAGAUCUUCAAGGUCGACGACCACAUCGGCGUCGCCAUCGCCGGGCUCACGGCGGACGGCCGUGUGCUGUCCAGGUACAUGCGCAACGAGUGCAUCAAUUAUUCUUAUACGUACGAGUCGCCGCUCCCCGUCGGCCGCCUUGUUGUUCAGCUGGCGGACAAGGCUCAGGUCUGCACACAGCGAUCAUGGAAGCGGCCUUACGGGGUAGGUCUCCUUGUAGGCGGGCUGGACGAGUCCGGGGCCCACCUCUACUACAACUGCCCGAGCGGCAACUACUUUGAGUACCAAGCCUUUGCCAUCGGGUCGAGGUCCCAGGCUGCCAAGACGUAUCUCGAGCGAAAAUUUGAGACCUUCACAGGCUCGUCUCGAGAUGACUUGAUCAAGGAUGCUCUUUUCGCGCUUCGGGAGACUUUACAGGGCGAGAAGCUGAGUAGCUCAGUGUGCACGAUUGCUGUGCUAGGUACAGGCGAGGCCUUUCACGUGCUGGAUCAGGGGACUGUGCAGGGAUUGAUCGAUGAGUUUGAGGUGGCAGGGGAGGAUCUGCCUGCGGACGAGACCACCGAUGGCAAUGGUGGAGAUGCGGUGGCUGCUGCACCCAUGGAUAUCUGA